UUCCCCGUUCUGGAGGAUUUGGAAAUUUUGGAAUUGCCUAACAUAAUAGAGAUAUGGGACAAGCAAUUAGUCAUAGCCUCAGAAAAAGAAUCAAAGUCCUUCUACCAACUGAAAUAUAUGAACGUUUCUAAUUGUGAGAAAUUGGUACAUGUGGUUCAGUUCAAUAUGCUCUCACGACUGCAAAAUCUGGAAACAUUCAACGUAGAUCAUUGUCCAAAGAUGGAAGCGAUAGUCUCGGAGAAAGGAAAAGAAGAAGGAACCACCAGUUUUUACAGCUGGCCUACAGGAUCUGAAGUAAAACCGUUGUUCAACCACAAGGUUUCUUUUCCAAAGUUGGAGACACUAUUUCUCGAUAAUUGUGUAAACUCAAGAGAGAUACAUCCUUGGAAUGUUCAAGCUGGAAAAAUAAGUUUAAAAUUCCUGGACGUAGCGAAUUUGGACAAAUUAAUUGUGAGAAAUUGUAGUGAGGUGGCAGAGGUUUUUCAACUUGGGGGGCUAAAUGUUGGAGAAGGACAACAUGUUAGGCCAUUAAUUGAAGUAAGAAUGAUGGAAUUGGAUGGAUUACCUCAGUUGACAUGUUUGUGGAACAAGGAUCCCCAUGGAAUUUUGCGCCUUCAAACCCUACAAUACCUAACAAUUAAGAAAUGUUCCCUCUUGAGAAAUCUAUUCACAUGUUCCACCGCCAUGGCUCUUGAACAACUUAAAGUACUUUAUUUGUAGUCUUGUCAGGUGAUGAAAGAAGUUAUUGCAGCAACAGAGGAUGGGCUCAAGGAAGUGAUUGAUGAUGUGAUUGAAUUCCCAAAGUUGGAGUGGCUAAUACUGAAAGAUCUACCAAACCUCAACAGUUUCUGUGAUGCAAACUAUAAUUUUAAUUUACCAUCAUUACAGAGAGUUGUUUUGAAGAGGUGUCCGAAGAUGCACAACUUUUCUUUUGGACAAGUACGCAUGUCACAGAUAUUUGUAAGUACACGUGGCAAUGAAGGCCUUCACAUAAAAGAUCUCAAUAAGUAUUUAGAGGAACGACUUCUGAAAGGAGAGGAAUACGCAACCGUGGAUGAAAAUGAUUACCACGGCGAUGAAGAACAGUUCUCCUACCUUGGAUGGCUAUAUGAGUAAAGUAAGUUGAUCAUCCUUUAUUAUUAAUAUAUAUGU